AUGGGUCCUAACAGAUAUAGUUAUAAGGCUGAGAGAGGCACUUUGAAGGUCUUGAAGGGUUUAAUGGUAGCGAUGAAAGCUUCUAAGAAGAAUAGCUUGUAUGUGCUAGGUGGAAAUGUGGUUCAAGGUGAAGCUUCGGUCUCGGUGAAUGAGAAAGUGAGCGACACCACACUUUGGCAUAGAAGGCUAGGCCAUAUUAGCGAGAAAGGGCUAAUUGAGCUUAGUAAACAAGGGCUUUUGUGUGGGCACAAGGCGGAGAAACUUGAUUUUUGUGAGCAUUGUAUCUAUGGCAAGCAAGCUAGGGUGAAGUUCAACAUCGCGGUGCAUCAAACUAAGGGGAUCUUGGAUUAUGUUCAUUCCGAUGUAUGA